UGCGGUUUGGGUUGUCUACAGACGGCAGUCCUGAGGGAGAAGGAACUUUGUUGUCAGCUGUUCUCUUGCAUGCCUGUGGACUGGGAGUGAUGAAGCAGGAGGUCAGGUCUGCUCUGGGCUCAGCUCUCCUCGGGCUGGCAGAGGGUAACCUUUCUGCUCAGAGAGGUGUUGAUCUUGCCCGGGCGCACUUCGAGAAACAGCCGCCCGCCAACCUGCGCAAGUCAAACUUCUUUCACUUCGUGUUGGCUUUAUAUGACAGUCAAGGUCAGUCUGUGGAGACUGUGCACACUGCAUUUGUGGACUUUGUUGAAAAGGAAAAGGAGCCAGUAAGUGAAAAAACAAACAAUGGAAUCCAUUACAAACUCCAGUUACUGUACAACAAUGGUGUCAGAACUGAGCAAGAUCUGUACAUCCGUUUGAUAGACUCUGUGACCAAACAGGCAAUUAUGUUUGAAGGUCAAGAUAAAAACCCUGAAAUGCGUCGUGUUCUUCUCACUCAUGAGACAAUGUGCAGCCGAUGUGCUGAUAAGAAAAGUUGUGGAAACAGGAAUGAAACGCCUUCAGACCCCGUGAUUAUUGACAGGUUUUUCUUGAAAUUUUUUCUCAAAUGUAAUCAAAAUUGCCUGAAGAACGCAGGGAACCCACGAGACACACGUCGUUUCCAGGUGCUGGUCUCUACCACAGCCUCCGUUAAGGGCCACAUUCUAGCCAUUUCUGAUAACAUAUUUGUCCAUAACAAUUCUAAGCAUGGCAGAAGACGAUUUGAGUUAAUUGAAGAGAUCCCCUGCAUCAAGGCCAUCAGUCCGAGUGAAGGUUGGACUUCAGGUGGAGCCUCAGUGAUUAUUAUUGGAGAUCAGUUCUUCGAUGGUCUACAGGUGGUUUUUGGAACAAUGCUGGUCUGGAGUGAGGUCAUCACACCACAUGCGAUUCGUGUGCAGACUCCACCUCGUCACAUCCCUGGUGUUGUGGAAGUUACACUGUCCUACAGAUCCAAACGGUUCUGCAGGGGACCUCCAGGACGUUUUGUUUACACUGCUUUAAAUGAGCCAACCAUUGACUACGGGUUCCAGCGGCUGCAGAAGGUCAUUUCUCAUCAUCCUGGUGAUGUGGAAAGACUUCCAAAAGAGGUCUUACUGAAGAGAGCAGCUGAUCUCAUAGAGACAUUUUAUGGAAUGCCUCACAACAACCAGGAGAUGAUUCUGAAGCGUGCGUCCGACAUAGCAGAGGCACUCCAUGGGAGCCCACGAAACCCAUCCCACACAAAUUCACACAGGAUAAUGGGUGUAAACUCUUUUAAUGGACAGUUAACUGCGAACACAGAGGUUUCACAGGAUGUAGAACGAGUGGGAUUCAGUCGGAGUUCAAACACUGGCUUUGUUUUAGGCAGCACAUCCCAACAGCCUGAUUUCACUAAUAUCAACACAUGCGCACACGCACAUUCGCACCUUCACUCCAACAUGCCAAGGCACUCACACUCAAACGCACACCCAUCCAUGGCCGGGCACACACAAACACACGGACGCCAAACUUCCUCUGUGCCGAACUUCUCCAUGGCUGCCACACAAGCAUUCUUAGAUAGUCCCACAGAGGACACACAACACUACAUCGUGAAGCAAAAAAGUGCAUUUGCUCCAGUUCUGAAGAUGCAGUCUUCAACAGCAAGUUCAAGUCUUCCCAUUUGCACACCUUGCAUGGACUAGUGACACCAGUCGCUCUCUCACAUGGGCAAACUCAGAAGUGAAGGAGUUAACUCAGACUCUUUGUGCCUGAGCAAACUCAGACUCAGAAAAACUCAGACUCUUUGUGGUGUGGGGACAACAACAUCUAUUUUGAAUGUUGAAUGUUUUCUCAUUGCAAGCAAUACAAAAACAAUAAACUAUAUGUUAAAUCGUG